AUGAUAGGUCAAGGAGCAAAACCCAAGGAUUUGAUUAUUAGAAGAAUCGAUUAUAUUAUUUACGUUUUUGGUCUGAUGGCGAGUGUUGGCUUCAUGGUAAUCUGUGUGUCUAUGUUGUAUCACAGGUAUCUGGUCAUCACCUGGCCGCUGUGGUACCGCUUCAGACGAACCAUCAAGACCUCGGUCUGUGUCGUGGUCUGGACCCUUUCUCUUUUCUUUUUUGUAUUUGUCCAUUUCUUGCAAUAUUCUCAGGUGACACAAACCAUCUUUGCAGUCUUCCUCCUCCUUCCCUUCCCUCUGCUCAUAUUCUUCCUGCGUGGGACCGUUAAAGCCCUGUCUGCAGCCAUUAGUGUCCCUGCUGAUGAAAAACGACGAAUUGUUGCAGUUUUGAUUCUGGUUCUGCUUAUUUACACACUGUUGUUCCUGCCCACCAUCAUUUGGUUCCUUGUAAAAGAAGCCGAAUAUAACGAUGCCCUCGCACAUGUGUCUUUCAUGUUUGUAAGGUUCAGUCCUCUUGCAGACGUGUUCCUGUAUGUUUUCAGUAGGAAAGGAGCUGUAGACAAGCUGUUGGCCUCUCGGUGUCGUUGCAGGAUGGACAGCGAUGAUAGAAACAGACCAACAGCAUGA